AUGGCCUCAAAAGCUUUCUCCAAGACCCUGCGGGCACCAAUUGCUCGACAGCUGGCUGCCCCUCGUGUGGCCCAGCGCUCAUACACUGUUGCUCGCAGCGCCACUCGCGCCGUCGCUGCUGCUCGCCCGGCUCUGGCUGGCCUGUCCCACCAGCAGGUCCGUGGUGUCAAGACAAUUGACUUUGCGGGCGUCAAGGAGGAGGUCUAUGAGCGUGCCGACUGGCCCCAAGAGAAGCUUCUGGAUUACUUCAAGGACGACACUUUCGCCCUCAUCGGCUACGGCUCCCAGGGCCACGGCCAGGGUCUUAACCUCCGCGACAACGGCCUCAACGUCAUUGUUGGUGUCCGAAAGAACGGCAAGUCAUGGAACGACGCCAUCCAAGAUGGCUGGGUUCCUGGCAAGAACCUCUUCGAGGUCGACGAUGCCAUCUCUCGUGGUACCAUCGUCAUGAACCUUCUCAGUGAUGCCGCCCAGUCCGAGACUUGGCCCUCCAUCAAGCCCCAACUGACUGAGGGCAAGACCCUGUACUUCUCUCACGGCUUCUCCCCCGUCUUCAAGGACCUCACCAAGGUUGAUGUCCCCAAGAACAUUGACGUCAUCCUUUGCGCUCCCAAGGGCUCUGGCCGAACUGUCCGCUCCCUCUUCCGUGAGGGCCGUGGUAUCAACUCCUCAUUCGCCGUCUUCCAGGAUGUGAGCGGCAAGGCUGAGGAGAAGGCUGUUGCCCUUGGUGUUGCCAUCGGCUCCGGCUACCUGUACAAGACCACCUUUGAGAAGGAGGUCUACUCUGACCUGUACGGUGAGCGUGGCUGCCUGAUGGGUGGUAUCCACGGCAUGUUCCUCGCCCAGUACGAGGUUCUCCGUGAGCGCGGCCACAGCCCCAGCGAGGCCUUCAACGAGACCGUCGAGGAGGCUACUCAGAGCUUGUACCCUCUGAUUGGUGCCAACGGCAUGGACUGGAUGUUCGAUGCCUGCUCCACCACUGCCCGACGUGGUGCCAUUGACUGGACCCCCAAGUUCAAGGACGCCCUGAAGCCCGUCUUCAACAGCCUGUACGACUCCGUCAAGGAUGGCUCCGAGACCAAGCGAUCCCUCGAGUACAACAGCCAGCCCGACUACCGCGAGAAAUACGAGGCUGAGUUGAAGGAGAUCCGAGAGCUGGAGAUCUGGAGAGCCGGCAAGGCCGUUCGCUCUCUGCGACCCGAGAACCAGAAAUAA